AUGACUGACUACUUAUCUGAGUUCAAGGAUUCGUCCCCCGCCGAGUACUGGGCGACAGGUGGUAAAUUUGGUGUUGAGGUUAACGACCCCGAAGGACCUAGAAAGUCCUAUAUUGCGGACAGAGAUAUCAUCACGAUCGGAAACCCGACCCCCGACCAACCUUUGCCACCUAUGCAGGCAUCGGCAACAGGUGGAAGGCCCGAUAACGUUCUUGGCGGGAGGCUUUAUUAUGACAAGUCUCUUCCAGAUCCUCUUCCCGAGGGGAAAGAUACACAAGCUACUAGGGAAGCAGUUGAUGGGAGGUAUUACAUUGUGUUUAAGUUCGGAAAGCUAGGCGAGAAAGAGGCAACUGAUGUCUAUGCAUACUUCAAGUUUGAUGAUCUCCGUCCCGGCCAAGAAGUUCUCCUAAUGAAAUCAGGCGUUGGUCAAUGGGCACCGAAGUUUUAA